AUGGCCUUGUUGAAUAAUGAUCCUUCCACUCUACUACGAGCUCCACAAUUAUUCAGAUCAUCAAGAUUCUUCCGAGACCAAAACCUAGCUGGACACCCAAAGUGGAACCAGGCGGCCAAGUUUGCAGACAAAUGCCCACGACGGACGACUGCUGCAAGUAGCGCUUCCACCAAUGCGAAAUUGCGGACCGGGAGCCCCUUUGCUCUGUUUCAAAAUUCCACAUUGGUAUCGAACGACUAUGUGGCAAAACUGGCACAGCAGGCUAUGGAGGUCAGCUUUCAACGAUUUGAUAUUGUGACGGGAUUUCACAGACAACAACAGCAAUAUACAUCAUCACAAUGCAUACAAGCAUCGCUGGACUGCUACCAAACCACCCACUGGAAGCCAAAACAGAAACCACCGACGGCAUUCGAUCGGUGCUGGUGUUUGCAGGUGGACUUUUAUAGUGGAAAAGUUGCCUAUCUCUCCAAGAAAGGCCUCUAUGAAGGCGAGGGUAAAAAUGCUUCCUUGGAUUCCUGGGAAUCCGAUUUUUAUGCAAAUCUACAAUUGGCAAUGAAUUCCAUACAACUGGCGGUACAGGAAUAUAAGCAACAUCUACCACAGCAGGGAGUCACAUAUAUGCUCUUCAACUUGUGGGAUGAACCAAUGUUGUUUGUUCCAUCCGAUAACAUUGAUAAGCUCAAGACACUACCACAAUUGUCACCUGGGCAUCCAGGACAUGAUUUCUUGGAAAUCAACAGAAAGAAAUGGUUCAGUUUUGAUGCUUCCUUUUAUCAUCUUGAUAGUGUCAUGGGCAGGGAUGUUUGCGGGGACUUUCCUGUCUUUUCAUGGUCGGUCAAUCCUCUGCACAGUUUCGACAUUCUUGCUCCACACAAGCAUGGUGGUGAUUGCCAAGGAAUGUUCCUGGAUCCCAAGAUUCCCAAUAUACCAUGGGAAGAGAAAACAGACACGGUCUCAUUUUAUGGGAACAUCUUCAGCUGUGAUUCGGAAGAACAUCACAACCACAGAAACCGCCUUUGUGGCAUGGUAGCUCGCAAGUGGAAGCAAGAGAUAGAGCAAAGAUUCAAUGUGGCUGUGGAUAUCCCAGUCCGCAAUGAUAAGCACAAGACACCCACUGACCAGGCAGCAAGCAAGUUCUUGAUCCUCAUGGAUGGAGUGGUGGCUGCAUUCCGUUCCACCUGGUACCUUGCUUCUGGCAGUGUCAUUUUGGCAACCUGUAAUCAUGUGGACUUUCGCACUGUCAUGAUGAUCCCAUAUGUACAUUACAUCCCCUUCUCUCCCAUGGAUUUGGAGUUUGAUGGGUUUAUGGAUGCCCUGGCAAUGGUGGCAGACAAUGAUGACUAUGCACGUUGGGUGGGAGACAAUGCCAGAAGGCUUGGAAAAGUCCUGACAAGCAAGGGUGACCAAUACGAUUUUGGAGAGCACUGGGAUAGGCUCUAUUUUGCACAAGUGAUUCAGCAUUACAGCUGGCGCUACUCAAUCAAGGAAGACCACGAUCCUGCAAAACACGAUUUCACAACAGACCGAAGCUGUGAAACGUUCAGCAAAGUCUCUCCACAACAAUCUAUAAUAAGGUUUGGAUGCUUCAAUGAGACCUAUGCCUGCAGCAAUGUUUUGCAGGAUGGAUCCGUGGAUAAUCCAUACAUGAAGUUUGUGGAAGCGGUUACGUAG